AUGGAGUCAACUACAUCGUUACCGAUCAAGUUACAACCCUCAAACUUGCGCCCGUUUGCGUUCAGAAUUUUGUCAAAGAAACAUGGUUUGAAUAUCAACACUGACGCUCUAGCAGUCCUCACUGAAACCAUCAGUUUCAAAUUUGGGUUUGAUUGGAAAGGACCUCGUACACACCAAUUCCUCGAAGAUAUAGCCAAGAUAUGGAAAGUGGAAGACCGUGGUUUGUUCAUAGAUGGCGCUGGUUUAAAACAGAUUAUAAAAAACAUGAACCAAAAAUCUGAAACUCUGUCGUUCAGUGAUAAGGCAACAAGAUCUGACACUAUUGUUGACGUUGGAGAAGAUGCACUUAAUUGGGAUGACUAUUUUAAAUUCAUAACUCCUGAGGAUCAACCACGAAGUAUUUUUGAUAAGAGUAGGAAGCAAUUCAAUAUCAGUACCAAGAAGAAGGGAUCAUUGUUUCAAAGUUUAUCUGAGAACUUACUGUUGUCCAUAGACACGUUCAACAAUAGAUAUCAUUUAUUACUGGAUAGAUUAUCAAGAAACGAGAAUUUCCAGAAAUCUUCAACCGUCAGUAUUUCUUCCCUUAGCAUGUCAUUGAAAGAUGGAAAUCUUGCCAAUGAAAUUACAUUAAUUAAGAAUGUUUUAGGUAGAGAUGGGCAGAAGUUUAUCCUUUUCGGAUUGUUAUCCAAAAAUGCCAAUGAUCAGUAUAUCUUGGAAGAUUCAACAGAUAAUAUUGAAUUGAAUCUUUCUCAAACCCACAAAACAGAAGGUUCUUUUUAUUGCACGGGGAUGUUUGUAAUUGUUGAAGGUAUAUAUUCUGCAUCAGGAGGUUCUUCAAACCAAGCUCAUGACUAUAUAGGUGGUUGUUUCUAUGUUAGUACUAUUGGUCAACCGCCAGCCGAGAGAAGGGAGAAAAGUUUGGAUGCAUACGGGAACGUGGACUUUUUGGGAAUUCACAAACAAGCCGCUGUUUCUGGGGAAAAGAUUACAAAGAUAACCAAGACUUUGAAACGGAAGUUGACAACCUUAGAAAGGAGUCUCAUUGAUCAUAAGUUCAUAUUCGUCGGUUCUGAUUGCUUUCUCGAUUCAUUUAAGGUGUUAGAUGGGUUGAAGAAGUUUUUCCAAAGAUUGGAAAACUCAAUAAUUGAGUCCAUUGAAUCAGAUGAGAAAUCAACUCCACUAGCCUUAGUGCUCACAGGAUCCUUUUCUUCUCAACCUUUGCACACCACAAGCUCUUCAACUACGGCUAUAUCUCAAUCAGAAACAUACAAAAGUAAUUUUGAUUCCCUCACAAACUUACUUGGCAAUUACCCUAAUAUUGUUCAAACUUGUAAGCUUGUAUUAAUUCCAGGAAAGAACGACCCUUGGCAAUCAGGAUAUUCACUAGGUGCUUCCAGUAUGAAUUAUUUUCCUCAAAGAUCAAUACCAAAUGCAUUUGUUAAUAGGUUAGAAGAAUUACUACCUAGGGGUAAUCUAAUUCUCGGCUGGAAUCCAAUGAGAAUAAACUACUUAUCACAAGAGAUUGUCAUUAUAAAAGAUGAAUAUAUGAACAAGUGCAAGAGAAACGAUAUUGUCUUUACUAGUGACUUAGAACUGGAACAAGAAAGAACACGAAGAGAUUCGGCCAUCUACGAAGAGAGAAUUGAGUCAAUUGUACAGGGUGGGAACAGAACAGAAAUCUUGUCCAGCAAGAUCAAGCAUGCCAGAAAAUUAGUCAAAACUUUAUUGGAUCAAGGAAAUUUACAGCCCUACACUAAGGAUUUGAAAUUGAUCAACCCCCAAUAUGCCCAUGCUCUUCGUAUUGAACCUUUGCCUACUGUUCUCAUUCUCCAUGAUGCGGGAUUUGAUAAUUUUGAAGUCACUUAUAAUGGCUGUAAAGUGGUUAAUAUAGGACAAGCUGUUAGUGAAAAUAAUAGGAAACUCAAUUAUGCCGAAUAUCAUCCAAGUCUGAAGAAGUUUGAAUUCAAAGAUUUGCAUUUUUAA